AAAAUUGCCGGCUGUGGGCUGGCAUUGAGUUGCUGAAUGUUUACAGGUUUUCAAGGCAAGCAGCCAAGCAGCUUGGCGUUUUUACAGUUCACGUUGGGUAUCCCGCUUUUAAUCAAAUAUAAUUGAUCGACAAAUUUGAAAACUCAACUAUGGCAAAGCAUCACCCAGAUUUGAUAUUUUGUCGGAAACAACCAGGAGUUGCUAUUGGCCGGCUGUGUGAGAAAUGUGACGGAAAAUGUGUUAUCUGUGAUUCGUACGUAAGACCAUGUACAUUAGUACGAAUCUGUGAUGAAUGUAACUAUGGAUCAUACCAAGGACGGUGUGUUAUCUGUGGAGGACCAGGUGUCAGCGAUGCAUACUAUUGUAAAGAAUGUACAAUUCAGGAAAAAGAUAGAGAUGGGUGUCCAAAGAUUGUUAAUUUAGGUAGUGCUAAAACAGAUUUGUUCUAUGAAAGAAAAAAGUAUGGUUUCAAGAAGAGGUAGCCUCAUCACACUUUCCAUUUACAAAAGUAUGAAUCUUUGUUGUAAAUGAACAACCUUUGUGAAAAAUACACCUUAAUUUCUUUCUA